UUGAUUACCUAAAGAGCUGAAUGCUUGAUGUUCCAGAGUGAGGACAGUCCUUUUUGUGCUUUUCACUUCCUUUGGGUCCUGGGAGAGAGACUACAUUGUUUUAUGUUGGCCAAAGACAAAGCAACUUUACCUCAACUAUCCUGAAAUUAAUAUUUAACGUAAAGUGACUUUCUGUUGAUACCAUCAUAGGAAGGCAUUAAUAGAGACUUUUUAAAGUUGUUAUUCCCUGUUUCACUUGAGCACGCAAGAAGACAAGCAUUCAUGUUGUUCUCUUAUAUGUUGGAUGCUGCUUGCCUGCCUUCAGGAGCAGGGAUUAGAGAUGCAAAGCAAGCUCGAGGCUUUGCGCACAGGUGCGAUGUCCACGGAGAAUGUUAAGACCCUCCUUCAGGCCCCGUCCUCCCAAAGCUAAGGCAGACGCGGCUCGCUGCCCACCAGCCGUACACCCCGGACGGGCUUCUGCCGGCGGAGGCGGUUCCUCCUUGGCCGCCGCGGAGGCCGUUCGAGGCGCAAACGAUGGCAGCUGCGGCAGGCUCCAACCGCCGUGCCGGCGGCAUUCAAACUGCCCCCUCCCGACGCGCCCCGCGGGAGCGGCCCGCCCCCGGCCCUCCAUCGGCUGUGCUGAGCGAUGCAAUCUCUCUAUUGGCGAGACUUCUUUUCCGUCCCUCCCCCGUUCGCUGAUAGGUGCCGCCAGCCGGGGCUCGAGGCGCGCGGGGUGCCGGCCGGGGCCCCCUGCGCCUCGCGGUGCCGCCAUGGUGCUGCUGCUGCACCUCCUGCGGCGCCUGCUGGAGUAUCUGGGCUGGCCGCCCGAGCAGGCCGCCUUCCUGGAAACCCGCGUGCUGGGCGGAAGCCGUGCGGUCGGAGCGCGCCUCUCCUCCGUGGUCCCGUCUGGAGGGAGCGUCCAGCAGCUGUGUGCGGCGUUACGGAGGUACCAGGCCAAGGUCAUAUCUGUUUGCCAAAGAAAGGAAUAUGGAUCUACUCGAAGUGUUGUUCGUAGACUUGGGACAAUUCUUUCCUUAGAGCCCUACCCAAGACCUUAUUUUCAAUUUGUUCACCACCUGAGUCCAUUGGAUCAUGAUGAACAAAGCAUGGUUCCAAUACCUGUAGCUCCAUCACUUGCUGAUGUCCUGUGGGUAGCGCAUGAGGAAGGACAACCAUUUGCUAGAUUUAGGACUGAAUUAUGGAGAAAAGAAAAAAGUACAGCUUACCGUGACUUACAUCCAUCUAUAGAUUCCAUACCAAGUAUUUCAAAAACCAGUACACGAAAAGACAGUCUUGUUGAUCAAGCAGCACUCCAGAAAAUUUCUGCACUCGAAGAAGAGCUAACUUUUCUUCGUACUCAGAUCGCCACAAUUGUUGCAGCACAGACACUGGGAAGCAUUCCAUCACAGCCCUUUAGAACAUUCAGCAUUCCAGAUGGAUCUUACCCAGUGCCAACCAUGACUUCUACGCCAUUGUCCGUCUCUCACAAUCACUUUGCAAUUCCUUCUCCUCCCCCACUUCCUUCUGCUGCACCAUCUGGUGUUGAUGCUAGUAAUUCAGCAAUUGAACUUAUAAAACAGCGUCGUGCUGCAAGAAACAGUGCUUCAACUACGGGUGAUAGUGCUGAUCCCCAGAGGAUGAAGAACAUUCCUAGCAUGAUGGAUGUUUUGAAAGAUCUAAACAAAGUUCAGUUGCGUGCUAUUGAAAGGUCACCUGGAGGUACUCCUAUGUCUAAACCAAAAAAAAGGAGAAGCUCAGAUUGGGAUCCAGUUGCUCUACUAACUCAUGCACUAAAACAGAAAUUUGCACAUAAGUAUGAAGAUGAGGAUGAUUCACUGGACAAAGAAAACAGAUCUUUCGAUAGCUCCCCAUUUUCCAGUCCAGAAAUCCCAGUGAUUGGACGUUGCAGCCUGAAGACAAGUGCAAAUUCUAGCCUUGUAAGAACUGACAAAGUUAAACAAGUAUCAGUGUGGAAAGUGAGACCUCAUAUUUAACUGAUGGAGGGAGACUUCUGCUGAAACUUGGUACUGUGUGUAAGUGGCAGUGCUGCUUUGUGGAACAGCUGUAAUGUGUUCUAGAACGUCUCUGUCUUAUGCUGUUGAAGUUUGGAUUGUAGGCAUGUGAAAUUGCCUCUUAGUUUCCCAGCAGCUGAACUUGUGAAUCUGAUGCUUUCUAAGAAGCACACAACCAAAAAAAGUAUCUUGCUAUUGUGGGACGUUGUGUCUUAAAUCUGGGAAAUAAAGGAAAUAAAUGUGUGAAAGAAAUGUAAUUAUUGGUGUGGCAGCUGUGGUGUGUGCUGUCUCUGCACCUGAGUGUAAAUAAUGAAACAGUGUAAACUUUUGAUUGGAGUGUAUUAUAUAUAGCUGAUUCUAUACAGCUGAUGGUAGCUAACACUGUAGUAUGGUUUCCUCUGGUUUUCUUUGCAGCUUGUUAAUACAGCUCCAUAUUUCAUAUGCAAAUAAUAUUUCAGUUUAUUUUGCAUCUGUGGAGAAACUUUUAUUUGUGAAGCUUUGUCUUAUUCUAAGUACACUGCAGGCUGCCUGUUAGAUGCUUGUAAUAUGAGGGAGUUGUCUUCACAAAAAAAAAAAGGACUUUUUUAGAGGGAUAUGCUAACGUGUAGUCUAACUUCUGUGUAUAAAUAAACCCUGUAUUAUUUCUGUCACUGGCUUCUCUGUAUGAAGUCUUUGUUCAGAGUGCAUACAAUAAAAUUUCCUUUGUAUCUUG